AUGGGGAUACGGUGCAGUGUGGUCCCGUCGGAGGACGCGCAUCAGUCUGAGUAUGUCUCGGCGGGCGAUAAGCGCCGCGAGUGGAUCUCCCAGUUCACAGGCUCCGCAGGCCAAGCGAUCGUGUCCAAGUCGAACGCCUACCUGAUCACGGACUCGCGCUACUGGCUGCAGGCCCGCAACGAGCUCGACGAAAACUGGAUCCUCAUCCCCGCCGGCGCGCCCGAUGGCCCCGCAGACUGGAUCGAGUGGCUCGUGGACCGCGCCCAAGACUCCAAGAUCGGCCUCGACGCGCGCAUGAUCGCGCACGACAGGGCGUCGGCGCUGCAGGCGCGCCUCGCGCCGAAGAACGCGCGCCUCGCGUUCCCGCCGCAGAACCUCGUCGACCUGCUGUGGAAGGAUCGCCCCGCGCGGAGUCGGAGCGCGGUGUACGUGCAGCCGAUCGAGUAUACGGGCAAGGACGCGGCGCGCAAGCUGGCAGAGAUACGCGACUGGCUCGCGGCGCUGCCGCCCUCCGUGCCGUCGUACUCCAAGGCGCCGCCGACGGCCGCGCAGCGCCAGACGGGGACGCUCAUCACGUCGCUCCAGUCGAUCGCCUACACGCUGAACCUCCGCGGCGACGACAUCCCAUACAACCCGCUCUUCUUCGCGUACCUGUACGUGUCCGCCACCCGCGCGGUGCUCUUCAUCGAGCUCGCGAAGAUCGAGCGCCCCGUCGCCGAGUACCUCCAGAAGCUCGCAGUCGAGACGCGCGACUACAACGAUAUAUGGACGUUCGUGCGCCGCCGCGAGUGGGGCGAGGGCAAGGUCGUCAUCUCCCCGCAGACGUCUUACGCGAUCUCGCUCAUGCUCACGCACUUCCGCUUCACGGUGCUCCCGCCCGUCGUCGACGCGCUGCGCGCGGUCAAGACGGAGGUCGAGAUCCAGGGCCUGAAGCGCGCGCACCUGCGCGACGGCGUGUGCUUCGUGCGCAUGCUCGCGUGGCUCGAGGAGCGCCUCGCGGGCGGGUACGCGGUGUCCGAGUGGGAGGCCGCGAAUCGGCUCACGGAGUACAGGCGCAAGGCGAAGAACUUCAUGAUGCUCGCGUACGAGAAUAUAUCGGCGUCGGGGCCGAAUGCAUCGCUGCCGCAUUAUUCGCCGCUGAAGGGGAAUUGCCGGCUGAUAGACAAGGACACGCCGUAUCUCAACGACUCGGGCGGGAACUACCGGGAUGGCACCUGCGACACGACGCGGACGACGCACUUUGGGCGGCCGACGGAGGAGCAGUGCGAGGCGUACACCCGCGUGCUGCAGGGACACAUCGCGAUCGACAGCGCGGUAUUUCCGCAGGGGACGACGGGCCGCCAGCUGGACGUGCUCGCGCGGCGCGCGCUGUGGCAGGACGGCCUGAACUACAUGCACGGGACGGGGCACGGCGUGGGCUCGUUCCUCAGCGUGCACGAGGGCCCGCAUUCGUUCUCGAACGACGUCGAGCUCGUGCCCGGGCACGUUAUUACGAACGAACCGGGCUUCUACAACCCGAACCAGUGGGGCGUGCGCAUCGAGUCGGCGCUCGUCGUCCGGCACGUGCAGACGAAGCGCGAGUUCAACGGCCCGAUCUGGCUCGGCUUCGAGCGCCUCACCUGCGUCCCCAUCUCGACGCGCAUGGUCGACGAGGGCAUGCUCACAAAGGAGGAGAAGACGUGGCUCAAGGACCACAACAAGAAUUGCCUCAACCAGCUCGAGCCGCUCCUCCGCGACGACAAGCGCGCGCUCAAGUGGCUCCAGCGCGAAGUAUCGCGCCCCAUCGGCCCGCAGCCCAUCGGCCCCAUCGGCCUCCGCAUCGACUGGGAAUGACCGCCUCGCCUCGCCCCGUCCCGUCCCGCCUCGUCUCGUCCGGCCACCCAUCCACCCAUCCACUCCACUCCACACAUACCUCGCAUACCUCGCAUCCCUUCUCCACCUCCACCUCUCCACCUCUCCACCUCCCUGCCUGACACCCCCCCUCCCCUCCACGCCCGCAUGCGAUACCUCACGACGGCCCCGACACCUCACGCCGCCACGCCAAACGCUCCCACGACCGCCCCUCUCGCUAUACCUUACUUAUUACUUCACGACUUUUAUUCGCGCAGACGAACGGGCCCGAGCGCUCGUGGACGGACGGUGCGACUGCCCACGCCCAUGCCCACCCCCGCACCCGCGCCCACACCCACACGCGCUCGCCCCACCACCGCCGAGCGCACGAACGAAGAAAAGACAUGUAUAUUCAGGAAGCCCCGCCUUUCCCCCUCGUUCUCUUUCCUCUCUAUAUCUCUAUAUCUCCCCGUGCCGCCCUGUCGGCGCCCAGAGAUCCCGGCUGUGUGUUCUAUACGGAGGAGGAUGUGCUCCGCGCGUCGCGCGUGCUAUUCCAGGAUGUUUUCUAUUGCUUUCCGUGCGCGGCACGCUUCGCUGUUACCUUGGGGGUUUUUUUUUGACUUCCUCCCACCCUUACUACCGCACAUUGUUCCUUCUUCGCUGACUUUUAUCCUGUUACAAGCUAAGCUUCGCCGGCCUGCAGUGUACACCCCCUGUGCGCACGCGCGUUUUUAUCUAGCCCUGUGGAAGCUUUAUUCCCCCCCUCUCGUCGUCUUUACGUCGUUGACCUCUGAACUCAAAUAGACUUAUCGUGUUGUUAUCGCGUU